UUUUGCCAAGUAUUGAGCAGAACAGGGAUAAAGUGUGUUGUGAUAACGGACGCACCGCGCGCGAAGUGUUGUAGAAAGAGAAAGAAGAGGAAACUCAAUUGAAUUCAAUGCCGCCACUUUCACUGCCUCUGAAUUUGAAAUGGACGCCGUUGAAUAUCAAAGCCACCGCCACCGCUCCCGCCACCAGCAAGGUCCCUGAGCUGCCGCUGCCGGAGAAGAUCCGAAACUCCAGAAUAUUGGUCCUCGGAGGAACGGGUCGGGUCGGAGGAUCCACCGCCGUUGCACUCUCCAACUUCUGUCCCGACCUUCAAAUCCUCGUCGCCGGCCGAAACAGGGAGAAAGCCGAAGCUCUCACUGCAAAACUUGGCGGUAAUUCAAGUUUUGCUCGUGUUGACAUCGACGACGUGAAUUCGCUGGAAACCGCGUUGAAGAGUGUAGAUCUCGUAGUUCAUGCCGCUGGACCCUUCCAAUGUGCAGAGAGGUGUAGCGUGCUUGAAGCUGCAAUAAAUACUAAGACAGCGUAUGUUGAUGUUUGUGAUGACACAAGCUAUUCAUGUCGUGCGAAGUCCUUGAUGAAUAGAGCGAUAGCUGCAAAUGUUCCGGCUAUAACAACUGGAGGAAUAUACCCUGGAGUUAGCAAUGUCAUGGCAGCAGAGCUAGUCCGUGCUGCAAACGAAAGUAACGAUAAGCCAGAGAGGCUAAGAUUCUACUACUACACAGCUGGAACUGGUGGUGCUGGCCCAACCAUAUUAGCUACAAGCUUCUUUCUGUUGGGAGAGGAAGUAGUUGCAUAUAACAAAGGAGAAAAGAUCAGAAUGAAGCCAUAUAGUGGAAUGCUCAACGUCGACUUUGGAAAAGGAAUUGGCAAAAGAGAUGUUUAUCUAUUGAAUUUACCAGAGGUUAGAAGUGCUCAUGAGAUUCUAGGAGUGCCAACUGUAAGUGCUCGAUUCGGAACAGCACCAUUUUUCUGGAAUUGGGGAAUGGAAGCUAUGACAAACCUUCUUCCUCCGGAGUUUCUGAGAGACAGAAACAGAGUCCGAAGUUUGGUUCAGUUGUUUGAUCCUUUUGUUAGAGCAAUUGAUGGGAUUGCUGGAGAACGCGUAUCAAUGAGGGUUGAUUUGGAUUGCGCAAGUGGACGCAACACUGUUGGUAUAUUCAGUCAUAGGAGACUUUCAGUAUCUGUAGGAAUUGCAACAGCUGCUUUUGCACUUGCAGUUCUUGAAGGAAACACGCAGCCAGGAGUUUGGUUUCCGGAAGAGCCCCAAGGACUUCCAAUUGAAGCCAGAGAAGUUCUUCUAAGGCGUGCUAGCCAGGGAACGUUUAACUUUGUGAUGAACAGGUCACCAUGGAUGGUUGAAACAGAUCCAAAGGAGUUUGGGUUAGGAAUAUACCUUUAAGUCUUUCCGUACCAAAGCAAAAGUGAAAUUCGGUAAAAUUCUUUCUAUUGUACUUCAA